AUGAAUUUAAAUAAAAUUCAGUGGAACAAUGUGACUGAAGUCACCAUGUUUAUAUUGAUGGGCUUCACAGAUGAUUAUCACUUACAAGUCUUCCUAUUUUUAUUAUUUCUAGCAAUCUAUCUUUUUACUUUGGUAGGAAAUUUGGGACUAGUUGUAUUGGUCAUUGGGGAUUCACGGCUCCACACUCCCAUGUACUACUUUCUGAGUGUUCUGUCAUUCUUGGAUGCCUGCUAUUCUACGGUUGUUACCCCAAAAAUGUUGGUCAAUUUCCUGGCAGAGGAUAAAUCCAUUUCAUAUUAUGGCUGCGCAACACAAAUAUUUCUUUUUAUUACUUUUGGAAACACGGAAUGCUUUCUCUUGGCAGCAAUGGCCUACGAUCGCUAUGUGGCAAUCUACAACCCUCUCUUGUACUCAGUGAGCAUGUCUCCCAGAGUCUAUGUGCCGCUCAUCAUUGCUUCUUAUGUUGGUGGUGUUUUAAAUGCAGCUAUUCACACAGCAGCCACUUUUAGCCUGUCCUUCUGUGCAUCCAAUGAAAUUAGGCAUGUCUUUUGUGACACUCCUCCUCUCCUUGCUCUUUCUUGCUCAGACACUCACAUAAACCAGCUUCUACGUUUCUACUUUGUGGGCUUUAUUGAGAUUUUUACCAUCCUGAUUGUCCUGAUCUCCUAUGGUUUCAUUCUAUCGGCCAUUCUAAGGAUGCGCUCUGCCGAAGGGAGGCGAAAAGUCUUCUCUACCUGUGGUUCUCACCUAACUGGGGUGUCUAUUUUUCAUGGGACAAUCCUUUUCAGCUAUAUGAGACCAAGUUCUAGCCAUGCUUCAGAGCAUGACAUGAUAGUGUCAAUAUUUUUCAGCAUUGUGAUUCCCAUGCUGAAUCCUAUUAUUUACAGUUUGAGGAACAAAGAUGUCAAAGAGGCAAUUAAAAAACUGUUGAGAGAAAUAACUUCAUAA